UGCGCAUGCGUAGUACCCAGACGUGAAUUUCUUACAGUUGAGGAGGCGUAGUUAGCAGCAGUUAGCACGCUAAGAAGACAAACUAUCUCCAAGUCUUCUUUUACAACAUCCACAAAUCUCUUCUUUCUCCUCUUGCCUGGCUGAUUCUUCUCCUACUUCUCUCCUCAGCCCAGCACAUCUCAUGAUUACCACCAAUAUCUUCACUUAGAGUAAACUUCAACUGUGCGGAUUCUGAACUUAACGAAGACAACAGUUACAACAUCAGAAGCCAUCAUUGCAAUGUUUAACUGGAAACAAAUAAGGUUGUUGACUGCUCCUGGAAAUGCCUGGAAGAUGGCACAGCAACAGGCUGCAGCCUAGCUGGGCCAAACUAAACCCGCCCACAACACCUUUGGUCAAGUGCUGCUGAUUAAAGGCAAUAUUUGUUUUUUCUUUUCCCCAUCUCCAAGCAAUACUGACAUUAAGAUGAGCUGGUGUAAAGAGAUGGUCUCAGGAAUCGUGCGGGAAUCUGCCAAAAGAGGCGCAGUUUCCGCAAGGAAUAACAACUGACUUACAGUCUGCUUCCAAGAGAUGGAUGCAAAGCUCAAAGAAGAUCUGUUUCGGAGGUAUGUGAGCGCGCUAGACCGGCUGCCGGAAGAGGAAAGAGAACACACUGGGGCAGGAAAUACACCAGGAGGGCACAAAAGCCGACAGAAGGAUGGUGAGGCCCUGCUCUCCACAGCCACGGCUCUGCUCGGAGCCUACCAGCCAGAUCCAACGCAGCGUUUCCGCAUGGUACGUUUCUACGAUGUGGUGGAGAACUCGCUCCGCUGCCAAAGAGGGGGCAACCUCCGGAGCCUGGAAAGAGCUUUUCAAACCCUGGAAACCAUUUGCACCAACCUUCUGCUCUAUCCUUGGAAGAAAGAGUUCAGAUGUAUAAAGACCUUCACCGGCCCAUACGUGUACCAGCUUCAAUCAGCCAUUCCGGAAGCUGAUCUUUGGUCCCUAAUGCGCGUUAUUGGCUACACAUGUGACCAGGACUCGCAGUUCCAUUUGCAAGAGCAUGUAGGAGGAACAAAUCAUCUCCGGCAGUUGUCGUUUGAGCUUUUCCUUGCCCAGGCGGAGUGCCGUCUUCUGGGGGAAGUGGUUGCACUGGCACGGGGUUCUGCCUCCGAACUGGAGGCCCUGGAACUCCGAAGGGGCUGCAGAGACGAUGCUGCUGGCUGUGCUGAGGCACUCCGCAGACGUGACAGCAUGGGGGCAGAUAUGGGGCGGCUUUCUGUCCGGCCAUUGGACAUUGAGCGCCCCCAUGCCCACCACCUCAGGCGCGGGAGCCGACCAUCGAAAUCAGUGGAUGUCACAGACGGAGCUGGUCACUGGCAUGCAGCUGUCAGUAAACCUGUCCUCAAGGCCUCGUUGAGUCUGAGGAAGGAGCCUGUGUUUGUAGACACCGAGGAGGAGAUGAAGGACGAGAUCAUCCGGCCCAGCACCUUAGCCUCUCAUUGCUCUGUUGUCGCUCCGCCUUCCUACAGCCCUGUUGCUGAUUUUUUUCCAAUCCAGUCCCCUCCCCCAGCUGAUGCCUACACUUCCUACCAUCUGUCUUCUUUGGAUGAGAUUGACCUGUACACUGAGAGGGGUGGAACAGGAGGGAGACAAACUCCCUCUCGACCUCCAUCCAGAGAAUUGCGAGAUGAAAGGGAUGGUUGGCUGCUGAAGGCGCAUGCUGGUGUAAAGUGUCAAGGUUGCGGGCUGAGCUGCACAGCGGUGGCUUACUGCCAGAGGUGUGACAUGAUCCUUUGCUCUGCCUGUCACAAUGUUGACCCCUCCCCAUGCUGUGGACUCCAGGAGUAUCACAUCAAGUCCCCACGCACUCUGGAUGGAUAUGUCGCUGUCAAGGACAAGCUCUCGGUCUACUCCAAUACACAUUCUCACCCUCACCUUCACCUGCACCCCCUUACACUGACUCACCCAAACCCUCACACUCAAAUGGUGGAGAAACAACUUACAUCCACCAAGCUGUUUCCAAACAAGUCUGUUGCAAUGACUACACCAAAAGGAGGCAGCAGUGAGCGCUUGAGCUUAGGGGGGUCACGCUGUGGGUUCUGCAACAAGCCAGGUGCAACACACACCUGUGUUAACUGUUCUAAGGUGUCAUGUGACUCCUGCGUGAGCUUGUACUCCAAUGAUAUGUGCACACGAAAGAAUUCGCAGCACAGCUUUGUUCCCAACCAUCAACUCAACUUCAAGUCUGGCACGAUAUCCCACCUGGUGUACCGAUAAAUGUGGCGCACCGGUUUGCUCCCAUGCCGCCUGUACAGUUGCUCAAACGUGUGGUGUAGUCACACAAGGCUGCUUUAGUGCUAAGGCCCAAACUCUGCUCAAUGAUCUGACCGCUCCGUCCAAUGUCU